UUAUUGGCAAAGCCCAGGAUCGUUAUUUUUUACACACCAUCAUGUGAUUGUCGGAAACUUCACCGCAGCUACAGCAGACUCAGCCCUGUUCCUGGACAAACAUUUAAACUUGAAUUUCCUAUUGUAUGGCACUGUUGCUCCGCUCGUACGUGUGAGCGCAUCUUUUGGCAGUUUCGCGUAAAAUCUCUCCAAGAUGUAUUGGUUCAUGCAAGGACUGUGCUUCCUACCAGCGUUUUUGGCCGUCUGGUCCUCAUGCACUUUCAUCGUUACCUACCUUAUUGCACUCUUCAGACGAGAUGUCGACCUAAUCUUUCCAUAUAUAAGUGACACAGGUGCAAACCCCCCAGAGAGCUGCAUUUUUGGCCUGAUGACAUUCAUUUCUGCAUGCGCAGGAAUAGCCACCAUAUAUGCCAGAUACAAGUUUGUGGAGAAGCUGAGUGAGGAAACAAGGGUGGUGAGCCCAUGUCUCAAUAAAUCUGCACUGGUGUCUGGGAUGCUCGCAUGUUUGGGCAUGUGUAUUGUUGCAACCUUCCAGGAAACAACAGUGACAAUAGCUCAUGAUGUGGGAGCUCUGCUGUUCUUUGUCACUGGUGUUUUGUACAUAAUCCUCCAGGCCAUUAUAUCACAUAAUGCCUAUCCAUUUGGGUCCUCCAUGAGUGUGUGUCGAGCACGUUUUGCUAUCGCCAUAAUUGCUACUUUGGGAUUUUUCCCCACUGUCAUCUGUGCCUUCUUUGUGAAACAAACUGAGCUGCACAGAGACACGCAAGACAAGGACUAUCCCUUCCAAUUAGCCAGCGCUGUGUGCGAGUGGAUUGUUUCCUUCAGCUUCAUCUGCUUCUUCCUCACAUACAUCGAAGAUUUCAAACUGUUUACCUUAAGAGUGAAAACAGAGUAUGAGGAGUAGUCAUGAACUGCAACUUCCAGCAAACGUUUGUAUGAAUAUUAGUAGUUUAAAAAUGUGCUGCAUUUAUUUUUGUAAACCUUUUAUGCUGAUAUAUUUUUUUAUUUUACACUGCACAGCUUUUCUACAAUUUUAUACCACCUGACUGAAUUUGUAGGUAGAAAACAUCAGGCACCUUUUUACAUUGUUAUUUAUACAUUUUGGACAACUGGUGUGAAGUUAUAGAGGAGAAAACUGACCAUUGCCUGUAUCUUUAUACUUUUUAUACAAUCUAAAAUCAUUUACAAGUGUACUUAUUACUGCCUGUGUUCACUCAAAUGUCACUUUGCACUUUGCUCUUGAGACACCAGCACGGCACAUCCUGUCAGACCUGUGACUACUAUUAAGAGAAGUUCAUCACACAGUGAACACAUGAUUGCUACACGUGGUUAAAUGACAGUUUCACUCAAACUCAUAGCAAGUUUGUCUCUGGGUACAUGGCGGUUUAGACAGUAGGCUUACUUAUGUUUUGAAAGAAAAUGGUAAAGCAGAGUUAUCUCACUGAUACUGUAUGUAGGACUUCAAAUGGGACUAUUAUUCAAAUGCUGCCAGUUCCUUAACCCAAGUUUUUAUUUAAAUUUUGAGCCUGUUGUGUUUUCUUUGUGUUGACUGAAUGAACUCAUGAAUUUGUUUGCUAAGUACAGCUGCCAAAUUGAAUUGCUGUAAUAAAAUAAACAGGAAUUGAGGAUGAUUAGAAUUAAAGACACAUUCUCCGUUCGCUUUCAGGCAGAUAAAUAAAGCCUUUAUUCUCUGUGGUUCCCGACUUUUUGGCCUAUGACCCGUCCAAACAAAAUAAAUGUCUACUUGCAGCCCCUAGUCAAAGAUUAGUGUGGACAGCAGGUCAACCAAAGUGACUUUUCCAUCACAAAUGGUUUAAUUUGCAGGAUUUUCAGGGGCCUGAAGAGGCAAGUAUUUCCAGCAUUUUGUGCAAAUUUAGUAACUUGAGAAAAGUCUGAAUUAUCUUGUGAAGGAGAAAUAUAAUUUGUUUUUCAGAUUGUCAAGCCCCAGGUUGGGAACUGCUCCUUAAGGGCAUACUACCAAUACUGUAGCUAUUUUGAUAUGCAGAUAUUUUGCAAUGGUAUGGGUGAGUAACAUCACUGGGGACACUAGAAAUUACUUGACGCAUGGGAGAGUAAAUAAAUGCUGUCAGACUGCUUGAGAUGUUUUUAAUUACCAUUUUACAUGCUGAGAAAAGUGGUCUGACUUUUGUGUCAUAGUGUUUGCCCAAUUAAAGAUACAUUUAAGUAUCAGCCGAUAUAUUCAAUGGUCAGCACAUUAAAGAGUAUUCCUUUUUAGAUCUCUAGGUCUAUAUUUGGUGAUUAGUAGAUGGGACUAAUUCACUUACUAAGGAAAAAUCCUGUGCUGUAAUGUGUAAGUAGACAGAAUGGAGGUCACAUGAACAUACCUUAUUAACCUGUUCACUACAUAUACUGUAUUUACUAGGAAAAUUAUUAUUUGUAUUGGUACGGUUUUGCUUAUAACAUAAUGUACUGUACAGAUGAUGAUGCACUGCUGAGCUUAAAAAUAAAGGUAUACUUUUUUUUAA